AUGGAUGGGCCCAUGGCACAACAGACAGUGUCCCGUUGUUUACAAGAGGUAACAACUGCACUUAAUGCACCCCACAUACUAAGGAAGCACAUAAGAUUCCCACAAAAUAGGAAUGAAAGGAAUCUUAUUAAGCGGAAAUUUUAUGAUAAAUAUGGGCUACCCGCUGUGGUGGGGUGCAUCGAUUGUUCACAUGUAGCCAUAGUGAGGCCUUCGGAGCACGAGGAACAAUAUUUUAAUCUAAAACAUUUUCAUUCGAUUAAUACUCAAGUUAUAUGUGACAGUGAUUUAUUAAUUACAAAUGUUGAUGCUUCAUAUGGUGGAGCAACUCACGACGCUUAUAUUUGGAGGGAAUGUGAUUCUGGUUAUGCUCUAAGGGAGCGUAUGAUGACACCUGUAGAUAAUGCUGUUGAGAACUCUUCAGAGGGAAGGUACAAUUACCUCCAAAAACGUGCACGCUGCACCAUAGAACGCACAUUUGGUGUAUUGAAGGGUCGAUGGAGAUGUCUUUUGGCAGCUGGGGAACUCCAUAACUGCACAGAAACAGCAGGUAAAAUUAUAUUAGCCUGCUGUGUUUUACACAACAUGUGUAUAAGGGCUGGUAUUGAAGGUCCCGAGUUGACGGAAGAGGAACACCAAUCGGAGAGAACCAGGCAGGUUCCCUUUGAAACAGCCGCAUCUUCUACUCAAGCUAUACAGGCAGGUCGAAGGGCAAGGAAUUCAUUAAUACAAAUACAGUGUUAA